AUGGAGAGAUUGCAGUUUCUGGUCAUGGGCCUAGUGGGCAGUUCGCUUGAAGAUAUUCGGCAUAAGGUCCUAUAUCGUGACUACUCAAAGCCCACCGCCAUGAACUCUUCGUUGCAAACAUUACAAGCGAUAUGGGAUCUUCACGAAGCUGGUUACUUACAUAGGGAUAUUAAGCCACAAAACUUUGCUAUUGGACUUGGGGAGUUUGAGAAAGUCAUUUACAUGCUGGAUUUUGGCAUAGCAAGAAAAUAUAGAGUUGGUGAAACAAAACGCGUAAAGUGA